CAUUAUCAAUAAUAUUAAUGUUGAUGUAAUAUUAUCACUUGGCACGUGGUUUUGGCAACAACAAAUUAUAGUGCAGAAUAAUAUUUACUUUUGAAGUCCUUUUUAAAAAUGGACGACGAUACGAUAAUUGGUUUCAGUAACACAACUAUAUCAAAGCCUGAAGUAAAACAAAAGAAUGGGAAAAGAUCAGGAGGUUUUCAAGCUAUGGGAUUAAGUUUUCCUGUAUUGAAGGGUGUACUUAAAAGAGGAUACAAAGUGCCCACUCCAAUACAAAGAAAAACAAUUCCAAUUGCUUUAGAAAACCGUGAUGUUGUUGCUAUGGCUCGGACUGGUAGUGGAAAAACCGCCUGUUUUUUGAUUCCAAUGUUUGAAAAGUUAACUCAACAUUCAGUAAAUGGUCACAGAGGAAUUCGUGCUUUAAUUUUAUCACCAACUCGCGAGCUUGCUGUUCAGACAUUGAAGUUUGUUAAAGAGAUUGGAAAAUUUACUAAUUUGAAAUCUGCUGUGAUAUUAGGAGGUGAUCCAAUGGAAGCCCAGUUUAGUAUUAUGCACAGUGCUCCAGAUAUUAUUGUAGCAACUCCUGGUCGAUUUUUACAUUUAUGUGUAGAAAUGUCUUUAAAAUUACCCAACAUUCAGUAUGUUGUUUUUGAUGAAGCAGAUAGGCUUUUUGAAAUGGGUUUUGGUGAACAGUUAAAUGAAAUUAUAGCUCGUCUUCCAGAGACUAGACAAACAUUAUUAUUUUCAGCUACUUUACCAAAAGUUCUAGUGCAGUUUGCUCGAGCAGGACUUUCUGAUCCAGUUCUUAUAAGAUUGGAUGUAGAAUCAAAAAUACCAGAUACCUUAGGAUUAGGAUUUCUUACUGUACGUCCUGAAGAACGAGAUGGUGCAUUAUUAUGUCUUUUAAAAUAUGUUGUCAAACCAGAUUCUAUGACUAUAAUUUUUGCUCCGACUAAACAUCAUGUCGAUUUUAUUCAUUUACUUUUAGAUUUUCAAGAAAUAUCAAAUACGUUCAUAUACUCUGAUUUGGAUCCAAUAGCCAGAAAAGUAAAUGCAAGUAAAUUUCAAACAGGCAGUGUCCGCACGCUUAUUACAACUGAUAUAGCUGCACGUGGUAUUGAUAUUCCCCAGUUAGAUGUUGUUAUUAAUUAUACAUUUCCAGCAAAAUCUAAAUUAUUUGUACACAGAGUUGGACGAUGUGCUCGAGCCGGUAAAACAGGACAAGCAUAUAGUUUAGUGACACGUGAUGAAUUGUGUUACUUAUUGGAUUUACAUUUGUUUUUGGGUCGUCCAUUUAGUCCUGUGCUAGAAACUCUAAAAGAGGAUGAUGAUACUGAUGGCCUUUUUGGUACUGUUCCUCAGUUAUUGCUGGAGGAAGAAUUGGGACAAUUGACCAGUUGGUAUACAUCGUCUAUUGAUGUGAUAAAUUCUUUAAAGACUUGUACUAAUGGUUAUAAAAACUAUAUCAAGUCAAGGCCUGGAGCAUCAGUUGAUAGCGUUCAAAGGGCAAAAAAAAUUGAUUUAACAGUUAUUGCAGAACAUCCAAUGUUUCAUAAAAUUAUUGCUUCAGACAUGGGACGAAUAGACUUUGUUAGUCGUAUUAAGAACUUCAGACCAGAUACUACUGUUUUUGAGAUGGGUCAGUCUACAAAUUCUAUUCAAUCAAUUCAGAUGAAAUUGCUACGAGAAAGAAACAUGCCUAGUGUUGUUAACUAUCAUAGAAAAAAACGUGAACAACUUUCUGAUACAGAUGGUGUAAGGUUAAAGAAAGUGAAUUUACCAUCAAGUGAUCAAACUGAAAUUAAUGAAACAUUUAAUGACAUCAUAACUCAAAGACCACGAGUGACUGGUCAAAAAAAAAAACAGAAACUAAAACAAAAACAAAAACCUAAACCACCUGUUAAAUCCGAACAUUUUAUACCAUAUAAACCAGCUGAUGCUUAUACAGAAGAGGGAUUGGCUAUUGAUGAGUUGAAAUCAACUGAUGGAAUAUUAGAUUUGAUGGGUGACUCAGAACAGUCACUAGCCCAACAGCGUACAAAUAAACGUAAAUGGGAUCCAGUAAGUCAUAAAUAUGUGAGUGCACAGAGCCUUGAAAAGAAACAAGUAAAAAAAAUAAAAUCCGAGUCUGGGCAUUGGAUACCGAUUACAUACAAAAGUGACAGGUAUGAGAAAUGGCAAGAGAAGACAAAAUUAAAGAAUUCUGCAUCUGAAGAAAAUAAUGAAGAGGAAGAAAAGAAAAUAGCACCAUUGUUCCGAUUCAGAUUAGACACUCGCUGGGGAAGACAUAAUGCUAAAUUGCGGGAAAAAGAAUCUGAACACCGUCUGAAAUUGGACACCAAACACAUACUGAAACAGAGAAUAAUCAAAGAGCACCGGAGGCAAAAGAAUGGUAGGAAACCUGUGAAAAAGGACAAGAUUCGUAAAAAGAGUGCCAAGUUUAAUAAAUUCUAA